AUGGAGGACGAGUGGAUGGAGGCGCUGCACAGGUACGUGAGCGAGGGCCAGUGGAGCGAGGUGUCGCAUUUCGUGGACCGCAACGCCGUGCUCUUCGGCGGUAGCAGCACGGAGAAGGAGCACGGCGAGGGCGAGUACGCGCUCUACGUGCAGUUCCGGUCGCUCGUGGCCAAGGUUUUGGACUCGCUCCUGGAGGAGCUGGGCUGUCGGAGCGAGGCGGACGAGGCGCGGCUGGCGAUUUUUUUGCGGGAGACGGCGGAGUCGCCCGCGAGCGGCCCGCGCGAGGAGAUGGUGAAGCGCGUGUUGCAGGACCUGCUGGACAUCGACGACUUCGCGGCAUUCGCGCGGACGAUGCGGGCGCGGAACGACGAGUUGGAGACGGGCGAGGCCGUCGAGCUCGAGCGCCAGCUGUCGGCGGCGGCGGACGCCAAGGCCCGCGCGACGCCGGAGACGCCGCUCGGCGCCAAGCACUCGGUUUUCAGCGACAGCGACGCGGAUCUCACGCCCGUGACCACGCCGGGGGGCGGGGUCGACUGGCAAUGGUCGACGGUCUGGGAGGAGGCCUUCGAGAGCGCGGAGGCGGCGAACGACGACUUCGAGCUGCAGCACGCGACGGCGCUGAGCCUGCUGGAGGCGCACGAGCGCGGCGCGCUGCCCGACAAGGACCGGCCAUUCGUCGGCUGGGCCCAGGCCUUGGUGGCCGUCGCGAGCGAGAUGAACGGCCUGCAUUGGGCGCAGGAGCCUCGGCGCGCGCGGCGCCUCCACAGCGACCUCGUGCGCCAGCGCUUCGCCGUCGAGCUCCGCGUCGCGCAGGAGGCCGCCUUCGAGGACAGCGCCGCGCGUGCCGAGGCCGCGCAAAGCGCCGCUGUCGGCGGCGACGACGAGCGUUCCGCGCGCGUUGCCGCGGCCCUGGCGCGCUGCGAGACCCUGCGGGGCGCCGUCGCCGUCGCGCGGGGUCGCUGCGUGCGGAACGGCGCGGUCCGCGACGCGAACCUCGAGCUCGGCUACCUCACGAUCCGUGGGCUCCUCCACCGCCGCGAGGACCUCCCGAGCCACGCGACCGAGAUCUACGACGCCCUCACGAGCCGGGCCGAGGCCGAGGCCGAGGCCCACCGCCGCGGCGACGCCGCCGGCCCCGACGGCGACGGCGACGGCGACAUCGGCGACAUCGGCGACGGCGACGGCGACAUCGGCGACAUCGGCGACGGCCGCCGCGGCGCCCGCGGCGCGGCGCCGUCGGCCAUCGCCGCGGACCUCGUCGCCUGGUGCGCCCUCGAGGCGGAGCUCGGCACGGUCCAGAAGCGCCUGCACGGCAUGCUCGGGGACGACGGCGCCUCGGACCAGGCCAAGGCGGCCGCGGUCUGGAAGCUCGCCGCGAGGCGCGGCGCCGACGACAAGGCGGCCGAGGACGAGGGGCCCAAGGACGGGGCCUACGACGCCGGCGGCGGCGCGGUUUCGUCGGACGGCGACGUCCUCUGGCACGAGUUCCUGGACCUCGACACGAACUAUUGCUACUACGUCAACACGGCCACCGGCGAGAGCCAGUGGAACCCGCCCGACGAAUUCUUGCCGCUCGACGAGUCCGUCGAGGUCGCCGCGGGCCUCGCCGAGGAGCAGGCGGCGGCCUACCACGCCGAGGCCGCGCAUGCGGCCUACAAGGAGGAGCUCCCCACAUCGGAGUACUGGGACGAGCCAAAGGCGGCCAAGGACCCGCCGCGCGCGCCCGAAGCGGACGCGGCGCCCGCGGAGGCCAAGGCCGAGGCCAAGGACGACGGGCCGACCUUCAAGGAGAUGAACAUCGGCGAGCGAUCCAUCGAAUACGAGGGGAAAAAGAUGCAGUUUGACGCGGUCUACGCGGGGCUGUCGGACGAGGGCUUCUUCACGGCGGCGUGCGAGCCGGUCCUCGAGUGCGACCGCGGCACCUUUUUGUGCAGCGGCGCGUGCGCUGAGGUGUCGAAGGCGAUCGCAUUUUUCGCGGACGCCUUCGAGACGGCGUCCGCCGUCGACGUGCGCGAGGACCGGGUCUGGGACGUGCUCGCCAACGGCGAGCUCGCGGUCGACUCUAAAACGAAAAAGUUCCGGCCGGCGGCCGAGGCGGCCGCGCGCGAUGAGCGGUGCCGCUGCGGCGGCGUGCCCGACGCGCACCGCCUCGUCUUCCUCGCGCGGCCCGCAAAGGGCGCGCUCUGCGUGGCGGCGCUCGCGUCGGGCGACGACACGAAGACACAGCAGGGCCUCGCGGCGUUGGUCAACGUCUUGACGUCCAAGGAGCCCGCGGAUCGGCGGCCCUACCAGGACUCGAAGUUGACCAAGCUCCUCGACGGCGGCUGGCUUGACUCUUUCGUCGUGCUCUGCGUCUUCGUCGGUCGCGAGACGGAUACCGCGGACGCCGCGACGCGCCUCAAGCACGCGAGCCGCCUCCGGCGGCUGUCGUCCGCGGGCCCCGCGGCCGCGGACGCCAUGUUCGAGAGCCUCAAGUCCCGGGCCAUGCGGACAAAGCACGAGGAGGAGACCGGCCGACUGAAGCGCGAGCAUAUGUAG